AUGGAGCUGAGUGGUGAAGUGCCGCAAUACAAGGAACUUCCACAUUAUAUGGAGGGUGGCGUUAAGAAACGAAAGAAAGCCGUCAAACAGUGCUUGUUCUGCAGAAAACGGAAAUUGAAAUGUGACAAGAAGAAGCCCACUUGUACAACUUGUGUGUCUAGAGGACUCGACGAGUGCACAUACAUGGAGCAGUAUGGCCCCGAAAUGACAUCUAACGAACUGUUGAAAAAAACCCCGAACUUGGAGCUCCUAAAUAGGAUUACGGUUCUCGAGGAAGAGUUAAAGAGGCUCAAAAAAGGAGACCCCGACUGUGCCAAAAAUAUCAACCCUCUUGCCAAAGUGCAGGUAGCUAUGUGCAAGGGUGACCGGAUUAUUAUCAACGGUUGCACAAACCUUAAAGUAAGUAUGUCAAACAGUAAGAUAAAGUUUGAUGCUUACUUUUCUUCGGUUUGGCGGAAAAUAAAAGAAGAACGACGUCGUUGGAAAGCCACGAGUGGCUACUCUACUCUCAAAGAAGUAACGUCCAUAGAGCUAGCUCGAGAUACCUGUCUGUCUGUACUAGACGCUCUGUGUCGGACCUUGCCAUCUUACGAAGUAAUCGAGCAGAUCUUAAAGCGAUUCUUUGAAAAUAGCCAUUCCGAAGCAUUUCAAGUUCUUGAUCCUUUGCUGGUCUUCAAGAAUCUGGAAGAAUGUUUUAUCAAAAGUUCCAGGGAUCCAAUAACCGGCACGCACUCAAUAGUGCAUCUCAUCCCUGGUUUUAAAAAAAACUACUAUACUAUUGGUGUUAUCAUUGCAAUAAUGAUGUUAGACAAUUGCUCCAAGCCUACCUCUCAAGCCAUGGAUCACUUUAAUAAGUUUCUACUAUCGAGUGUAACAGCCAAAGUUUUCUUUGUGGAACGAGCGCAGUACCUCUUCUUGUAUAGACUGCACAUGAUGUUGAAGGGUUUAACUGGCGGCGAUUCUAGCAACACUGCUUUGAUAACUAAUCUCCUUUGUUCUACGGCUCUUCACUUGGGACUUCACGCGGACAUGAAAAAGCUGUUCACUCCCAGUGAGGCGUUUCAUGGCGGAUCAAAGUUCUCAGAAAACUUAUGGUUAUGGACCGUGUACGCUGAUAUUGAAACGUCGAUAGGAUUGGGAACUCCGAGUCAUAUUCCCGAAGUAUUUUUGAACUAUGAUUUGAUUGAGGACAAGAACUACGGAAGCACUCCACUUUUGCAAAAGAUGGUGAGACCAUUGAGACAGAUUUUGCAUGAAAUACACGAGAAAGAUAAAUUGCCUGAUCUUGACGCAAUGACUGAGCGAGUCAGAGGAAUUCUUCGAGCAGAAUUUAGACCUAUCGGUUUUUACAUGGAUCGUGAAAAUUUAAAAACGGUCCUAUACACCGAGGUUGACCUAGUACUUCAACUACUCACCCUUCUCAGCAUACUAUCAAGUUUGAAACGGACGUACUUCAAAGAUUAUCGUCCUAGCGCUGUCAACAAUAUUUUGCAGUAUUCGAUACAGUCUGUAUCUAUAUCUAUUAGCGCAACGGAAGCCUAUUUUGACUUAGAUAAGGCCGAUACCAGCAAACGCAAAAGGCUCUUAACCAAAGGAAUACCCUUCAAUCUCAAAAAUGCGGUUCUCCUGCUUCACAAACAUUUUCCUCGAAACAUUACAGAAAUUUAUCUUUUGCUCCAGUUGGUAGACACAUGGGACACUUUCGAAGAGUUAAGACUUAAGUAUCCGCUAUCUCCAACAUUUGAUCUUCCUAUGAGCACUUUGGAUCCCAUCUCCGAUCACUACGUGUCGUCUAAACAUGUUCACGAAUUUGUUUCUAAAGUGGUAGGCCGAUGGGAAAGUGAAGAUAACGCUGACAUGGUCAAUUGUCUGAAACGCUUUUCAUAUGGAUUUGUCAUAAUUUGCGCUAUUGAAAGAUCGAGCAGAGAGUUGUUCAAUCACUUGUAUAAUAGGAGACAAUCCUCCACGACCUCCGCCUCUUCUUCAAAAACUUCUGGCGGGCCAGAUGGGACGGACGAUGAUAUUUUGCGUAACAAUCAGACAGGUGCCGAAUGGUCAGACGAGAUGCUCAAGACUAUGGCCGACGAAUUUUGGUGCAACUAUGACACGGAGUUAAAUGGCUCGCUAGAUAUUAAUGAGGAACUUCGCCUGGCUUGA